AUGGGCAAUACAUGCCGUGGAUCAUUCGGAGGAAAAGGCGCUAAAAGCUUCAAUCAACCUGAACAUCGUUCCAGUAUCAAACACGAAUCUUCUUCCACCCAAGUUAACAAAAACUCAACAACGAAAUCGAACCCACAACAACACACAACCCAAAACACAGCUUCAAAGGAUUCAACUCCGAAACCCCAAAUUGACGACGACGACGACACCAUGAAUCGCACUAGUCAACCAUUCUAUGUCAUCGGACAUAAAACCGCAAACAUCCGUGAUCUUUACACUUUAGGUCAAAAACUAGGCCAAGGCCAAUUUGGUACAACCUAUUUAUGCACCGAGCAUUCCACCGGUAAUAAUUACGCCUGUAAAUCCAUUUCAAAGCGGAAAUUGAUUUCAAAAGAGGAUGUGGAAGACGUAAGGAGGGAAAUCCAAAUCAUGCAUCAUUUAGCAGGCCACAAAAACAUCGUCACCAUUAAAGGCGCAUAUGAAGAUCCUUUAUAUGUUCAUAUUGUCAUGGAGCUCUGUGGUGGUGGAGAACUUUUCGACAGAAUCAUUCAAAGGGGACAUUACAGUGAACGAAAGGCAGCCGAAUUGAUCAGAAUCAUCGUUGGCGUCGUCCAGGCUUGCCAUUCCCUCGGUGUUAUGCAUCGCGAUUUAAAACCUGAAAAUUUCUUGUUGGUUAACAAAGACGAUGAUUUCUCACUCAAAGCGAUUGAUUUUGGACUCUCCAUUUUCUUCAAACCAGGUCAAAUCUUCACAGAUGUAGUUGGGAGUCCAUAUUAUGUUGCUCCUGAGGUGUUAUUGAAGCAUUAUGGUCCAGAAGCAGAUGUAUGGACAGCUGGCGUCAUUCUUUACAUUCUUUUAAGCGGUGUACCUCCAUUUUGGGCUGAAACACAACAGGGGAUAUUUGAUGCGGUUUUGAAGGGUAAUAUAGACUUUGAUUCAGACCCAUGGCCACUUAUAUCUGAAAGUGCAAAAGAUCUUAUUAGAAAGAUGUUAUGUUCGCGCCCUUCAAAUCGAUUAACAGCUCAUAAAGUUCUCUGUCAUCCAUGGAUAUGUGAAAAUGGUGUUGCACCUGAUAGAGAACUGGAUCCAGCAGUUCUUAGUCGUUUGAAGCAGUUUUCAGCCAUGAAUAAGUUAAAGAAGAUGGCUUUAAGGGUUAUAGCUGAGAGCUUGUCGGAAGAGGAGAUUGCUGGUUUGAGGGAAAUGUUUAAGGCAAUGGAUACUGAUAAUAGUGGUGCAAUUACAUUUGAUGAAUUAAAAGCGGGUUUAAAAAAGUUUGGUUCUACAUUAAAGGAUACAGAAAUUCGAGACCUUAUGGAUGCGGCUGAUGUGGACAACAGUGGGACAAUCGACUAUGGAGAAUUUGUAGCAGCUACAAUUCAUUUGAACAAAUUGGAACGCGAAGAACAUCUUGUGGCUGCAUUUCGGUAUUUUGACAAAGAUGAAAGUGGUUAUAUUACGUUUGAUGAGCUUCAACAGGCUUGUAUAGAUCAUAACAUGACUGAUAUUCUUGUGGAAGAUAUUAUUAAAGAAGUUGAUCAAGAUAACGAUGGGAGGAUUGAUUAUGGGGAAUUUGUAGCGAUGAUGACAAAAGGAAAUGGAGGAAUUGGAAGAAGAACGAUGAGGAAUAGUGUAAACAUUAGCAUGAGAGAUUCGCCAAGAGCUGCCCGAGAUUCGCCAAGAGCUGCCCGGGAUUCCCCAAGGGCUGUAUGGGAUUCACCAAGGGCUGCCCGGGAUUCACCCCGAGCUGCCCGUGAAUCACCCAGGGCUGCCCGCGAUUCACCAAGGGCUUACCUCCAGUAAUCGUUUCUUGUUGUUGAAUUGAAUGUAUCUUGUCUGUUUUUUGGUUUUUUUUUAUGGUUCAAGUAGAAAAAAUGAUUUUAUGAACAAUGAAAUGUUAACUGGCCAAUAAGAAAGUGUUAGCUAGUAUUUGGUAUGUAAUAAUCACGUUUGAAAUUGAAUGGAACAAAUAUAUAUUUAUAAUUAUAUUACUCCAAAG